CUUUUUUUGUUUGAUCUGUUUCUUGGCAGUUUUCAUCGCAAUGUCUCACCAACAGCCGCUGUCUAGCACUGGCUCUGGCUCUGGCUCUGGCUCGGGUCCACAGGCGCCCGCGACGGACGUACCAGCAUCCUCAGCACCCACGGCCGCCCCUCCAGCGGCUGCUGCGCCUUCGCUGGCACAGAGCGCAAUGUCUCGGUUUGCGCAAGCGUUUGGCUUUAUCGACUCGUCGCUGGGCAGUUUGCUCAACAACAACAGCAGUCAGUCAAGCAGCUCGAGCGCCUCGUCAGACCCAGCCAAGCAGCAGCAGCAGCAGCAGCAGCAGCAGCAGCAGGCGUCGAAAGGUCUGCCAGCCACCAAGCAGCAGCAGCAGCAGCAGCAGCCUCACUCGUCACAGUCGCCGCCGACAGUCAUUGUCGUUGAAACCGCAGCGCCAACCACCGCAUCUGCGCAGUCGAGCAGCGGCAGGACCAGCGACCCGUCCACAGCUACCACCAGCAGCAGCCCGAUGGCGAGCAAGCCGCGGGCGUCGAGCGGCGAGCUGCCGACGUCACUCUCGGCAGGGUCGAGCAGCGCUGGGCUGCAGUUUGGAAUGAUGCGCCAGCGCAGCAGGUCGGAGACGCGCACCGCCCCGCCCGUCGCACUCAGCCCAGUGUCUGCAACAGCCAGCAGCAGCAGCAGUGUUGGCUCGGGACUGAACACGGUGGGCGCAGCAGCGCAGACGCAGACGCAGAAGCCGUCGUUGCGGUUGAUUCGUGAGGCUCGGGUGGACGAGGUCACCCAGAAUCAGGCUCAGGAUCAGGAUCAGCAACAACAGCAACAACAACCACGGCCGCUCCACCGACACCACCCAGCACAGGCGCCUCUUGAAGUCGAGGCACUGGCGGCAAUGGGCGCCGCGCAGGACGGCUCCACAAAGAGCGCGCGCGACACGCUUCGGUCGUUUUGGAUUACAGCCAAGCAGCGCGAGCAGAAACGCUCAGAGGCAAUGUCGCGGUCUGCGGCCAUUCGUCCAAACCGAAGCAGUGGUAAUCUCAUGUCGCUGCCGUCCUUCUCGGAAGGUGCGCCCGACAAGAUUCGCUUGCCUGACGACAUUUGCUCGCCCUGGGUUGACCGAGAGGCAUUUUCGGAUCACCUGAAGGGCGCGUGCGCACUCCGCGCUGAGCAGGUCGCUCGCUCGGUCUGGCCAGCAGACAACGGACUGUUUGGCCUGGCUCCGGAAAAGACCAAGCAAAUCCUCCGCCAUGGCGUCCCGUACGAGCACCGUCACUGGGUCUGGCCGAGGUUGCUCAACAUUUCACUCGCCGACUUGGCGGCGGUGGAGCAGGCGUACCUGAAUACCGCCUGGCGACUGUUUGGCGAACCCUCAAAGCCCGUCCCAACAAGUACCAAGACGGGCGCUGGCCAUCACAACUUGCACCACGGCACGCAGCAGCACGUGUACUCUGUGCCCUUGAACGAGUCGGCCUCGGUGCGUCUGCAGUUUCACAUGGCAUUGCUCCAAAACGCACCGCUGUUUGGGGCCAGCGCCGCGACCAUCGAUCGGUUUUGGCUCAACCAGUCGGGCAGGCUGAUUGCGCGCCGCAUUCUGUGCGUGAUUGGCGAUGCGCGUCCCGACCUCGUGCACUGCCCCAUGCUGCCUCUUUUCGUGGCCGUGUUUAUGCACUUUACCUCCGAAGCGCAGACAUACGCAUGUGUGAUGAUGCUGCUGAACUCGAAAAAGUUUGAAAACCUGUUCAGCUCGCACAAGCAAGUCGAGACGGUCGGAGGCACGAUUGGCCAACUCGUCGAAAAGUACCUGCCCGAUCUGUCGCGUUACAUUGGGCACAUUGACUCUGAGAAUGAGCGCUUUGAAAUGCUGGUCGACAAGUGGAUUCUCUGGUUUACCGAGCUCUUGCCCUUCCCUGCGAUUUCGGCCAUCAUUGACUGCUACCUCAACGAAGGGCCGAAAAUCCUCUAUCGCGUGUCGAUUGCCAUUCUGGCCGCGUCUGAAUCGCGCGCCUACGAGUCUGCCACCAUGGCCGGCCUGGCCAAGACAGUCACGGACACGGUCAAACAUUUGCAGCGUGUCGACCAGCUGGUCCGCAUGAGCUUUCGCUUGUCCAUGUCGAGAAGGCACGUCGAAGCUGCAGCGGCACAGUUCCUGGACAGGCAAAGCAAAGGCAAGGUGCAAAAGCAACAGCAGCAGCAGCAACAACAACAGCAGCAACAACAAAAGAAGGAGCAGCAACAGGCAGCCACGACUGAGGUGGUGCAUGCACGCGCCACGCGCAGCGCAUCGACCACCAGCGAGAGCGAAGAGGCAGUCCUUGCGCGCGAGUUCUCUCACAAGCCACGCCCGACCAUCCAGGCCCCGAGCCCACUUCCAGGAGGGCUUUCGACUCCGCCUGCACUGGUCUCUGACGAGCUGCUGACAGACGAUGACAUGCAGGUGCUCUGGGCGUGGAUUCCGUUGCGCUUCCGUAUUUCCAACCUUGAGCGUUUGUACACGACCGCGACCGACGGCUACAGCCUCAAGACCCUCUAUCUCAAGUGUCAGGAUGCAGCGCCGACGCUUCUCGUCUUCAAGACGGCCGAGGGCGCCAUCUUUGGUGCGUUCGCCUCGCAUCCCUGGACGGAUCGCCACAACACGCGCGCCUUCUUUGGAAGCGGCGAGUCGUUCGUCUUCACCCUGCGACCGGCUGCUCGCAAGUUCCCGUGGGUCGGCAUCAGCGCUCCUCUCAACAUGAAGGUCGACGACUACUUUUUGCACGCCACCAACGAAAACCUGGUCAUUGGCGGCGGCGGCACGGACAAUGCCAUCUUCCUCGACUCGGAGCUCAAUAGCGGAACCACGGGGCGAUGCACAACCUUCGACAAUGAGCCCUUGACUGGCGGUCCUUCGAGCUUCAAGUGUGUAGUGGUUGAAGCCCAUGCAUUUAUCGAUUAUUGAGUGUUUGUUCUUUUGUGUGUUCCACUCGUUUGUUUGGUUGUUCGUGGGGUGAGCGUCUCUGAUUGUGAGUGUGUGUAUGUGUGAGUAAUUGUUCGUUUGUACCACAAUAAGCAACCUUUUCUUGUUCA